ACCAUGAGGAGAGUUGCUCUGUUUCUGCUACUGACUGGGCUGUUUGCCAGUGGACAAGACUGGCAUAACAACUAUGAUGAGCCUCUCAACUUUCAGUGCCCUCCAGGACAGUCUAUAUCCUCCAUCAGCAGCUAUCACAACAGUUAUCAUGAUGACCGACGUUGGAAAUUUAGCUGUAAACCCACCUUCAGCUGGGGUACAGACUGUUUCUUGUCACCUUAUGUCAAUGACUUUGACGAAACGUUCAGCUUCGAGUGUCCACCGCACCAUGUGAUCGCAGGAAUAAACAGUUACCAUAAUAACUAUCAUGAGGACAGACGGUGGCAGUUUUACUGCUGUAGAAGUAAAUGCACUUCUGAGGUCAGGGGUCAUUGUCAUUCUGGCUGUCAGUGGACUUCAUUCGUGAACUCCUUUGAUGAGUACUUCUUCUGGACUGUGCCUAUCCAGAGAGUUCUGGUGGGGACUGGAAGCUACCAUGAUGAUUUUCAUGAGUGA